GUCGACGUUUAUGAAAACAUAAGUACGGGGUGCGGCAUAUUCAAAAUUGUGCGUUACGUAUAAUUGUCGACAAAUAUUCCCUAAAUACACGACACCCCAGAGAAUAAUUUCAACAAACAAACGUUCUAAUUUUUUUUUAUAUUUCAUAUGUGAUUGGGAUUUAUCACGAUUCUUAUGGACUUAUCAUUUUGAAUUGUCUAUAAUGAUUAGUAGACUUGACUAAUUGAAAUAGGACAACUUAAAUUUUCUAUCCUUUAUCUCUGAUAAUGGAAAGUUAUUGCGUAAUGAGGAUUUACUGUUAACACUGCAUUUAUUUGGCGACUUGUAUAACUUCAGAAAGUGGGAGGUUUGUUGAGCAAAUGUCUUUCCAAGGAGCACAAUACUUGCAUAUAAUUUUCUUCGAGAAAUAUGUUUCCUGUGUUUCAUUCUUUUUACCCCUCCCAAAGGAUUAUUGAUGACCUUUCUUUGCUGUUUCGUCUUCCUUGUGGUUGUAACCUGAUUUACCGAUUUCCGGAUAAAAGUAGUCUCAUAAAUUGUCUAACUUCUUACCCAGUAAUUGUAAAUAUAAAUCAGGAUCCGAUAUUACUGUCGUCACAUGAAUCAGUCCCUGCAUGGAUUGAAGUUAAACACAGUCGAAACAUAUCCUUAUCGUUUUGGUUUGUCAUGACAGUACUUUGGAUGUUAGUUUGUUGUUCAGUCGGUUUUAUUGCAGGGUCGUACUUUGUCCAGUUAAUCUUGUUUUUCUCUGCCAUUAUUUUCAUUUAUAUGCAUUUACGUAAUACCGUUACUGAAGAAUCCCUUCUACUCAUAUCUGGAUAUGGUUUACAAACAUCAAAUCGUUACUUUACUGGUCGACGAUCAUAUUCUUCAUUUAUUCCAGUAGAACGGAUUAAAGGAUUUCAUUUAAUAGAUUCCGUCAGUCCGUUUACUAUUUGUACUUAUUUAAGUUGUGAAUUUGCCAAGGUCACUUCUACUGCUACUACUACUACUACUACAGCUGAUCCACAGAAAACUGAAUCAUUAUUAUUCAAUAAAGCUACAACGGCAUUAAAGACAGAUUACGGUCUUCUACCAUUAAUGCCCAUUACUAUGGAUAAUAAACAAAUUCGAUUUAAAGGUUGUGAUCGUAUUCCAUUGCCUUAUCUUGUAUGGAUGUUACGUUUAGCGAAUACAGUUUUAUUUCAUUAAAUUUCUAUGUCGUUAAUAUCAUUCUUUUUUCAAUUUUGUUUUUGAAAAAACUAUUCCUUUAGUUACUGUUUACUUUUCAAUCGUUUUUUAAAUAACCCUUAGUUGUUUUACGGACUAAGCUUAUGUUUUAUAGUACAUUUUCUCGUCAUGAAUUCAACUUGCGAAAUAAAAUGUAACUAAUCGAGAAACUGAAUUAAAAAUAGCAUUCUUCUAAUCCUUUUGGAGUUGAACAUGG